AUGGAUUUGCCGAGGUACAUCGUGAUCAAAUCACCAAAAAACAAUAAGUAUCUCCGAUACAUCCACGAAGAUGUACAGGUUCAUAGUCUUCUCCAGUUCACCGGAGAAGAAGCCGUGAAUCCAUAUGUAAAGUUCGAGGUUGAGCCGGCCAAGACUGUGAAAGGAUUAGUGCAUAUAAAAUGCUGUUACAAUAACAAAUACUGGGUAAGAUGGACUGAUAAAAAUUAUUGGAUUGUUUGUGCAGCUGAUCAGCCGGAGGAAGACGUCUCAAAAUGGAACUGCACUUUGUUCAAACCCACCAUCAUUGGUGGUAAUCUUGAGAACGUGAGAUUGUUACACGUUCAACUUAAUCAAUACUGUGCUUUAUGGUUUACCAACACAUACCAUAACAGAUGCUUGUUCGCCGGAGCCAAAGAACCAGAUCAAUACUCUGUAACUAAACUUGCAGUUUUCGACUGGGAAUCGUUUCUGAUAUUUCCUAAACAUGUUGCCUUCAAAGGUGACAAUGAUUUGCUUCUCAGUGCUCGAUGGAUCAAUGGAAAACCACAUAACGAAUUCGCCAUAGACGAUGUGGGAAAUCCCUCGGUUGGAUACGAAAUCUUUACAACUAAUGAUGGGUCCAUCCGCAUCAAAUCUGACUACUUUGGUAAAUUCUUGGCUCGGCGCGGAUCCAACUGGGUAUUAGGCGAUGCGGCGGAUGAUGAUAAGAGUAAAGACACUCUUUUCUGGCCUGUCAAAGUUGAUACCAACGUCGUCGCGCUUAAGAACUUGGGUAAUAACUAUUUCUGCAAGCGAUUCACGGCUGAGCGCAUGACGAGUUGCCUAAACGCUACCGUUCCGACGAUUGCUAGAGAGGCGCGACUUGAAGUUGUUGAACUGGUGGUUUCCCGGCAGAUCUUUAACGUAAACUUUCGUCUUCUCGAUGCUCGGAUCUAUGACGAGAAACCCAUUAGCAUGACGAGGGAAUCUGUAGUGAACAGAUCAAGUCAACCCAAUGAAGCUGAAGUGAAGUUGAGUUACACAGAAUCCACGAGCAGUACAUGGAACGCCAGCGUUUCGCUGAAACUUGGUGUUCAAACCACCUUUAAGACUGGAAUCCCAUUUAUAAUGGAAGGCGAGAUUCAGAUCUCGGCGGAGUUUGAAGGGUCAUACCAGUGGGGGAACACAAGAGAAGAAUCGAAAGAGAUUGAGACUGUUUAUAAAGUUACCGUGCCGCCGCAUACCAAAAUGACGAUCAGCGUGCUGGCGACGAAAGGUACCUGCGACGUUCCAUUUUCAUAUACUCAGCGAGACACUCUGAUGAACGGGAUGCACGUCACCCGCUACCUGCAUGACGGGAUUUACACAGGUAUCAAUUGCUUCAACUUUAAGCACGAGACCACAGAAGAGAAACUGUGA